AUGAAAGCGUUCUCUACAUUUUCAGAUUUAAGCAGCACAGAAGCACAGUUCAGCGUAACAGAUGAUGAAGCCAUUCUCUUAGUGAAACAGGCAGGGGAUGGGGUCACUAUGGGGAGCUUUCUAUCGGACGAUAAUUAUGACAACCCUCUAAACUACAGCAGUAUCCCAAAGAUAUUAAAGAAAAAUUACAAAAGCGAUUUACUGAAGAAAAUCUCCCGAAAUGUUCCAGAAAGGCUUACUGUAAGAUUUUUGAAUCUGUAUGGAGACGUGCUUUUCUGGAUUAAACACGAGCAGCCACUUCUAUUUCCUCCCUUUGAUUUUUUAAGUGCCCAGUGGACCUCCUCACAUGAAAUCCAUCCGUCACCUGGUUUCCAGAUCCACAAAAAUUCAUAUUAUUGGCAACAAGCGAAGGAUAAAAAUGGCACAUGGUUUGCCAUAUUUGAGGGAUUUGACGUGGUGAACAAAUCAAAUUAUCCGAAGCUCUUCUUCUCUAGAAACAAAAGUAGACCGUAUGAAAUGGCCAGAGAACCAUUCGUCUUCACAGAGUGUUACAAUAUAACAUACGCGCCACAGAGUGUGAAUUUUCCCCUGCAGACUUGUCAUACACAGUGUGAGAGCAGAAACUAUUCUCACAUGGCAAUAGGGCUUAAUGAGGCGUGUCACUGCGGACAAUACCACAGUGAAAUCCUAGCCGACGGUGACAAGUGCCCCAUGUGUCGUCAGUUUCCGGCGCUAAGGUGCCCAACUGCCCGACAUACCUUCGCUGGAUACUUGCUACACGGCGUAGAGGCCUCCGUGAUUCACGACGUUACGUAUAAUAAGUACGAAGUCAACAUCGAUAAGGAGAACACUACCUGGCCGGUCAGUCAUUUCAGACCUGACCUGACCCCUGCCUUUCCCCUGUACAUUAACACUGGAGUUCGCAUAGAAAUUUCUCAUACCGUCCAGGCCAAUGGCGUCCUCUAUUACAGUCCUCGGCCCGAUUGCUCACUCUACAAGAAAAUUAAGGAAACGAAUGACGUCAGCGUUGUGAUCCCUGUGUACUGUUUACGAUUUUCUCAUCAUCUUGAUAUCACAAAGCCACUCAGAACGAAUAUAGUGAUCCCGAUUCCCACAGGCGGAAAUUUCUUCAGUGCUCAAAAAAUGGUCAUCACUGGCGAAUGGAACCCAACAAGUACCACGGAUACAGCGACAUUUUCUGAGCUAUCAUCAAGCAUGGUCACGCCCAGAACUACAAAUGUUUAUGUGAACUGCAAACCAUGCAUAUGCGUAAACAACUCCAAACAUCUUACGACGGAAAGCAUCAAAGAAUCAUUGCAUGAAAUUAAAAAGAAAUUGCUUUUACCCCAGAAAAAUCUUUCCUCCUACGCCCGGCGACUGCGGAGUGCAGACGACAGUCGUCGGAGUGCAGCGGAUAUGGGUUAUGUCGGAAUGGCAGUCAUAAUAAGCUGUGUGUUUUGGAUUGUCUCCACAGAUAUAACAUACGUGGCGAUGUCUAUCCUAAGGACAAGAAGGAAAUACUGAUUCCGUUAUUCUGACAAGCAGUCGUCUCUAGAAUAUACACAGCUACAUACUAGAAGCAGAAUAGUAGAUCAAUUAUACCGUCUCCAGAAUAUACACAGCUACAUACUAGUGGCAGAAUAGUAAAUCAAUUAUACCGUCUCCAGAAUAUACACAGCUACAUACUGGAAGCAGAAUACUAAAUCAAUUAUACCGUCUCCAGAAUAUACACAGCUACAUACUAGUGGCAGAAUAGUAAAUCAAUCAUACCGUCUCCAGAAUAUACACAGCUACAUACUAGUAGCAGAAUACUAAAUCAAUUAUACCUCUUUUAAAGAGUGAAUUUUUUUGACAUAUUUUUGUGCCACUGGCCGCCAUAAAGGAAAAAAUAGCAACAUGUACAAUCUCAUCAGAAUCGAGAGUUAAAAUGUCAGCAAAUUACUCCUACCGAGUAGAACUACAGCUAAAAUUCAAAAUUCCCCGAUCAAGCUAUAUGUAUCUGAAUGUUCAUCAUACCCGUGUGAAAAACUUAUCAUUCUGGUAAAUGCUGCAACAGAUUUAGCAGUAACCUUACUACAAAAUUAUUUCAUCAACGUUUUAUCAUAGUCAGCCACAGACAAAAUAUUAUAAUGUGUGUAUUUUUAUUAGUUAAAGAAAGAAAAAUAAAAUGGUUUCAAUAUUGUGUUAACCAUUGGAUAUUGACUACUAACGCAUUCUUAAAAAUUAUUCACAAGUCAGUUUCAGAUC